AUGGCGCCGCCCUCGAGAAAUCCCACCACAUGGGACGAGUACGAUGGCCUGGCAUCGCCAUCAGCCAGCGUUUCGUCCAACCCGUUUGCAGAGGAACGCGCGCUGCUCGACGAUGACGACGCUGACGAUGGUGGCGCGCAUCCAGCCGGUCGAGACAUUGAGCGCAGAAGGUCCUCCGUCACCGACCGGCUGGCUGCCAUGGCCGAUGUUGGCGGCGUGAAUAGCUUCAGGUCUUUUGCGCGUAGUUGGCAGCGCGCCGCUGCCUUUCCAGAGGUCAUUCCUCGUCGCCCGAGCUUUGUCAUUGCUGCCGAUCAGCAGAUGGAUGGUGAGGAUCUCGAAUACUCGACCAGUUACGAUAGCCGCGACGCUGCUGGAUUUGGGCGGUACUCGGACGGGUCGCCGCGGGUGGGAGGUCCCUUUGCCGGCUCGAGCAACAAUGUUGUCGAUUCACAUGGCAGAGAGCGCGAGGGCAAGGCUCUAGACGUGGAGAUGGCAAGCGGUGCGCUGCCUGCUACCUUUUCGAGCCAUUCGAGCAUCUUUGGAACGUCCCCCUACUUGGCUACGCCCAGCAUUAUCGGCAGCUAUGGGUCGUAUCGCAGUUAUGGCACAAUCGGCGGCCCGUCGCUUAUUCGACAUCGACCGUCUAUUAUCCGAAUAGCAGGCCAGGUGGAAGGCGAGGCAGGCCAAGAGGAAGAUGCUGCCUAUGGUGAGGAGCAGCCCAUCUUGGUCAAGGAGGUAAAGCAGGGAAACAAGGUUGUCCUGACUGUUGAUGGUCAGAGCACCUUGCCCCAAUCCGUCUUCAACUCCAUCAAUGCCAUUAUUGGCGUUGGACUGCUGAGUUUACCGCUGGCCUUUAAGAUGAGCGGCUGGGUCCUUGGCCUCGUUAUCCUCACGGUGACGGCAGCCGUCACGGCGCACACGGCCAACCUGCUGGCCAAGUGCAUGGAGUACGAUGCCAGCCUCAUCACGUACUCCGACCUGGCAUACGUCUCGUUUGGCACUAGAGCCCGUAUCAUCGUAUCGGCCUUGUUCACCAUUGAGCUCAUUGCCGCCUGCGUUGCUCUCAUCAUUUUGUUCUCGGACUCGCUUGCGGCGCUGCUUCCCGGCCUGGCAAGUGUAGAGACGUGGAAGUGUAUCUGCGCUGCUGUCACUCUCGUCCUGAACGCCAUGCCCUUGCGUUGGCUUAGCUAUACCAGCGUCAUUGGCAUCCUUUCGACUUUUUGCAUUGUUUGCGUUGUCAUUGCUGAUGGCCUUAUCAAGACGGAUGCCCCUGGCUCCUUGUGGGAACCUGCUGCUACACACCUUUUCCCUACGAACUGGCUGGCAGUGCCUCUGGCGUAUGGUCUCAUGCUCAGUCCAUGGGGGGCUCACUCCGUGUUUCCCUCGAUUUAUCGAGAUAUGCGGCAUCCUCACAAAUGGGGCAAAGGCGUUGCCGUCACCUUUUCGUUUUCCUACGUUCUAGACACUUGCCUCGCCCUCGUCGGCAUGCUCAUGUUCGGCGACGGCAUCGGCGAGGCCAUCACCUCCAACAUCAUCAAGAGCUCCGGCUUCCCCGAGGGCCUGACCAUCUUCAUGUGCAUCUGCGUCACCAUCAUCCCCCUGACCAAGAUCCCGCUCAACGCCCGCCCCCUCAUCACCACCGCCGACGUCCUCUGCGGCCUUCACCACCACCCUCACCAUCACCAUCACCACCACUCCUCUUCCAACAACAACACCAGCAGCGCAGACUGGAAACCCGCCUUCAUAAGAUCCUGCCAAAGGACCCUCGUGCGCGUCGUCGUCGUCCUCGUCUUGCUCGGAAUCUCCAUCCUGUUUCCGGCAUUUGAUUCCGUCUGCGCAUUCCUCGGCGCCGCCCUCUGCUCCCUCAUCUCCGUCAUCCUGCCCAUCUCGUUUUACCUCAAGCUCUACGCAAAGGACGUCGCGGCGAAGGAACGCCUCGUGCUGUACUGCUUGCUGGUGGUGUUUUCCGUGCUCGGCCUCAUUGGCACCGUGUGGACGUUUUUGCCAAAGGAUCUCAUUGGCGUUUAAACUGGCAGUGAUUGAUUGAUUUUUUCUUUGGGUUUCUUUAUAUACAUGACAUGACAUGGCGUGGUAUAUUGUUCGGUUUUUUAUUUUUUGUAUAGGGUCAUGGCAUCUAGCAUAUUUCUGUGGGCAUCUUGAAGCGCCUCUUUUUACGACUCCAUAAAGCAAUAAGCUUUGUGUUUCAAGAGUUUAAGUAGACGACAUCUCUAUCACUGUUUCUACUUCC